AUGUUUUUCUUGAUUCCUUUAUCUUUAUCAGCAUGUGAAACCUAUGAUUUCAAUGUGAAGUAUGGUGUUUAUCAAACUGUUACGUUCACAGCAGAACAAACGACGUUUUGCAAAACAAUCAAUUUUCAGUAUACACAACGAACUGCACCACAUAUGUAUAUUCGAUGGGAUUUCCCAACAGCGAGCGGUGAUCAUACCGUUGAAAAACAAAAUAUUCCACAAAGUGUAAAACAAAUUCAAAGUGUCAAAACAAUAGAAGAUUAUUCAAUUGUCGAUUUAUACAAGUCAUCUACACUUAAUAUCGAAUUAUCAGUCACGGGAAAAGUUCAAUUCAGUUUCGUUGCUUUUGAUAGUGAACCCGGCCAACAAACGACGAUCCUUUCAUGGUGGGGCAAAGAUUACAUCGAAAUUGGUCAAUACGAUUCAUAUAAAUUCCAAUGGAAAGAGAACCAUAUAUACAACUUUGUUAGUAUGUUCGACACAGUUGUUUCUGCUUCGAUUUAUGGUUCAAAUGACCGCGAUGUCAGUGGCAAAUAUACAUAUAGAUACAAUUCAUACAGUUACAGUGGCACAUUUAGUUCAGAACUCACUCUCAAAGGUUCAAAAUUUUUUGCAGUCAGUGUUAACUACACUAGUGGCAGAUAUGUUUCUAUAGGAUUCAACGGAGAAAACAAUGAUGGAUAUCGACUCAUUUUAUAUCCAGACUCAACAAAAAUUGAUAAUUCAACUCCAAAUCUUCCACCACCACCAACAUCAACACCAACACCAACGAAAACACCUCUAAGUGAAGAAGAAUCAGAUAAACCAUGGAGCUUGUUCGAUGCCCCAGUUCUAGCAUUUCUUGCUAUCUAUGCAAUUUUUAUUGCUGCAACUCUUUUCUUAAGUACCAUUGUAUGCUGUAUAUUUCCAAACAGACUAUACAGAUCUGGUUUCCAGUUUCCUCGGUGCUUCUGUUGCUGUUGCAGAUCAACUUACCAAACAAUUGCAAAAUUUUAUGAGAAGCACCAAUAUGACCGAUGUGGUGAAUGUGACUGCUGCUAUGAUGAAAAUCAUGAACGCAAGUGCAUUUCCUGCGAUUGCGCAUAUCGUGAAUGUGACUGUUGCGACACAGAUAGCGUUGAAGGAGCUCUAGCUAUGGUGCUCGGUGUGGGGUGCAUCCUAGCUGGCAUAAUGUUAAUAUUAUAUCAAUUUAUCAUAAUUUACAUAAUCCUCCACUUAUUUAUUUCAUGCGGAGCAGAAGAAAGAAAGUUCGAGAAAAAUGGCCUUAAAGAUGAUUCAACAGAUCAG